AUGAAAGAAAAGCAAUCUGGCGCUCCGAUUAUUCCAUUUGAAAGAGUAAAUGAGCGCGUCGCAGCUGCAACAGAAGAAUAUACUAGACCACAACUAUUAGAAAUUGUAAAUAAAAACAAACCCGAACCAGUGUAUUCUGUCGAUGCUAUUUUAACAGGACUGGGUCACAAGAUAUUGCGUUUACCACCUUAUCGUUGUGAUCUUAAUCCCAUCGAAAUGGUCUGGGCAUCCAUGAAACGAAAAGUAGCCGAGAUAAAUAUUGGAAAGCCAUCCAAUCAAAUGCAAGAAAUGGUACAGAAUGCUUUUGAUUCCAUUCUUGUCGAUGAAUGGCGUAAUCAUUGCGCCCAUGUCAAGAAAAUAGAAAAAGACACUAUAACUGGUGCGGAGCGUCAAAAACGCUAUAAAGAACGGUUGAAAAUAGAACAUCCAGAAAAGUAUGAAGAAAAGCGAAAAAAACAUCUAGAUAAAGUAAAACAGAGACAAAAGAAAAUUGCAAAUUUAUCAAAGGAAGAAAAACUUAUUCAAAGAAAAAAAUGGCGUGAGGCAAAUAAAAAGAGAAAAGAUAAGAAACAGGGUUUUUUGCAAAAACAGAAUAAAGAAACAUUAAAAAAAAGGAGAGAAAUUCGUUCCGCUUUAUACAGAAGCAAAUUAAAAAUAGAGAAUGAAGAGCUUCGUAAAAAUGUAACAGAUCUAAAUCGAAAAAUUAUUGCUUUGCAAAAGAAAUUAUACCGUUACAGAAAGAAAAAAAAUCAACAAUUAAACGAAUUAAUUAAUAAUCAAACAGAUUCCAAAGAUGUGCAAGUGUUGAGGGAACCAUUUUCAACUAAUAAUGAAAUAGACUCCAAUAAUGUGCAACCAGUGACGACACCAGGUGCAACUCCGUUAAGCAAAACUAUUUCCUUUAUAGACUCUUUGUCAUCCAAACCAAUCCCAGAUGUCGAUAAAAAUAAAAUAAAAAAGAAAAUUUUUGAGCUCAAUGUAUUAUCAGAUUCUCUUAAAUCACAAUACAAGAACGCUAACACAAAUGUAACAAAAGCGAAAUUAAAAAACAUUGCUGAUAACGAGAUAACCACAAAGUAUCGUAUGAAAUUCAAUUUGUCACUAAAGUUAGGUCUCAAGGGAAGGAUUAGAAAUCGACACAGGUAUAAAAACCCAAACAGAAUAUUAGAACAAGACAUUUCGAAUUUUUUCCUUCGAGAUGACAUAAGCCGCUCUACAGCAGGGAGAAGUGAAACCAGGACUUUGAAUAAGAUAAAAAUGCAGAAACGUUUU